CGGAUGUUUCUACUGCGGCUCCAGCUAAAUAUGAGUGCAGAUUUUCGAGCCUCGCAGUAACGCACGUAAUGGCCAGGAGAAAUCACGUCUCCCAGUUCCUUUAAUAUGCUCCCUGUUCCAGGGGAGAGGGCAUCACCGGACCAGUCUGAAAAUGACCACCGGUUUCAGCUCCGGUUCCUCCCGGUUCGCAGAUUAUUUUGUGACCUGCGGACUCGACACCGAAAGCGGGCUGGAACCCGACGAACUGUCCGCUUUAUGCCAGUAUAUAGAGGAUACUAAAUUCAGAGAUGGGGCCAGAGGAAAAUUGGCGAUGUCAAACGAAGGUGAGAAUUUUGAGCAGAGUCCAUUGCGGAGAACUUUUAAAUCCAAAGUCCUAGCACAUUAUCCUGACAAUGUCGAGUGGAAUCCAUUUGACCAGGAUGCAGUUGGCAUGCUUUGUAUGCCGAAGGGUCUGUCGUUCAGGACACAAGUUGACUCCAGAGAGCCACAGUUCCACUCGUUCAUCAUCACCAGAGAGGAUGGCUCCCGGACCUAUGGCUUUGCCCUCACUUUCUUCGAGGAGGUGACCAGCAAGCAGAUAUGCAGUGCAAUGCAGACUCUUUACCACAUGCACAACGCAGAGCAGUACGACAUCUUGCACACCCCCACCUCCCCGCAAGGACUGGAGGACCAGCGACUCCCCCAGUCCCGUCCCGUGCUUCAUGCUGCUCCGGCCAUCUCCCGUCUACAGCGCUUCAACUCGUAUGACAUCAGCCGCGACACGCUGUUCGUGUCCAAGUGCAUCUGCCUGAUAACGCCCAUGGCUUUUGCUCAGGCCUGCAAGAAGGUGCUGGAGCAGCUUCACCAGGCUGUCACGUCCCCCCAACCCCCGCCGCUGCCGCUGGAGAGCUACAUCUACAACAUCCUCUACGAGGUGCCUCAGCCACCUUCAGGGCGCUCGCUCAAGUUCUCGGGGGUCUACGGUCCCAUCGUGUGCCAGAGGCCGAGCACUUCUGAGCUCCCGCUCUUUGACUUUGCCAUCAGCGAAAUGUUUAAUCUGCUCGGGGUGGAGAACGUUCUUCAGCUGUUUACGUGUGCCCUGCUUGAGUUGCAGAUCCUGCUCUACUCACAGCAUUACCAGAGGCUGAUGACGGUGGCAGAAAGCAUCACGGCCUUAAUGUUCCCCUUCCAGUGGCAGCAUGUCUAUGUUCCCAUUCUGCCCGCUUCUCUCCUGCACUUCCUGGACGCUCCUGUGCCGUAUAUGAUGGGCCUCCACUCCAAUGGGCAAGACGACCGCACAAAGCUGGAGCUGCCGCAGGAGGCUAACUUGUGUUUUGUGGACAUCGAUAAUCACUUCAUUGAACUGCCGGAGGAGCUGCCGCAGUUUCCCAACAAGCUGGAGUUCAUUCAGGAGAUCUCAGAGGUGCUCAUGUCCUUCGGCGUGUCUCCAGAGGGAAACAUCCGCUCCAGCGAGAGCCAGGCCAGGUACCGCUUCCGAUCCGUCGACGUGGUCUCAGACAAGCGCAACGGCAACCUGGGGUCGCCCCUCAGCUCCUACCUGCUGAGAGAGAACGAAACGAUCGCCCGGCUGCAGGCGCUGGUCAAGAGGACUGGUGUCAGCCUGGAGAAGUUGGAGGUGAGGGAGGAUGCCAGCUGCAACAAAGAUGCGCGGGCUCAGUGUGACGAGGAAGAGUUAAAGAUGCACCAGCUCAACAUCCAGGUGCGCGAGGUCUUUGCCAACCGAUUCACGCAGAUGUUCGCAGACUACGAGGUGUUCGUCAUCCAGCCGAGCCACGACAAAGAGUCCUGGUUCACCAACCGAGACCAGAUGCAGAACUUCGACAAGGCCUCCUUCCUGUCUGAUCAGCCAGAGCCCUACCUGCCCUUCCUGUCGCGUUUCCUGGAGACUCAGAUGUUUGCCUCUUUCAUCGAUAGUAAGAUUCUUUGUCACGACGAUGAGGAGAAGGAGCACACACUGAGGGUGUUCGAUGCCCGUGUGGACAAGAUCCGCAUGCUGAACGUUCGCACGCCCACACUGCGGACCUCGAUGUACCAAAAAUGCACCAACAUCGAAGAAGCGGAGAAAGCCAUUGAGAUGAGAGUGGCAAAGAUCGACCAUACUGCCCUGCAUCCCCAUCUGCUCGACAUGAAGAUCGGUCAGGGCCGCUACGAGCAGGGCUUCUUCCCCCGGCUGCAGUCGGACGUGCUCUCCACGGGGCCCACCAGCAACAAAUGGGCGAAGAGAAGUGCUCCUGCUCAGUGGAGGAGGAGAGACCGCCAGAAGCAACACGCUGAGCACCUUUAUCUGGACAAUGACCAGAGAGAGCAUGUAGAGUGUUUGUUUCCGGAGCCGCAGCUCCUGCUGUUUCUUGACUACUACUGGCUCUCGCAGUCCUUCAGGCCCUGUCUAAAGUCGGUAUCUGUGGACUUGAAAUACAUCCAGGAAGCCCGAAACUUGGGCACCACCAUAAGGCAGCCUAAACUGUCCAACCUGUCGCCUUCCGUCAUCGCUCAGACGAACUGGAAGUUUGUGGAAGGAUUGUUGAAGGAGUGCAGGAAUAAGACGAAGCGCAUGCUAGUAGAGAAGAUGGGUCGGGAGGCCGUGGAGCUGGGUCACGGCGAGGUCAGCAUCACGGGAGUGGAGGAAAACACCCUGAUUGCGAGCCUCUGUGACCUGCUGGAGAGGAUCUGGAGUCAUGGGUUGCAGGUUAAACAGGGUAAAUCAGCCUUAUGGUCCCACCUCCUGCAUUACCAGGACAGCAAAGAGAAGAAUGCCACUCCAGGCGGUUUGGGACCUCCAGGGUUUAUUCAUGACACGGAGCGAAGGAAAUCUGAUGGCGGUGGAUCAGCCAUGCCUCCUCUCAGGAUCUCCCUGAUCCAGGACAUGAGACACAUCCAGAAUAUCGGUGAGAUCAAGACCGAUGUGGGCAAGGCCAGAGCCUGGGUCCGCCUCUCCAUGGAAAAGAAGCUGCUUUCCAGACACUUGAAGCAGCUUCUAUCAGACCACGAGCUUACAAAAAAACUGUACAAGCGUUACGCCUUCCUGCGCUGUGACGAUGAGAAGGAGCAGUUCCUUUACCACCUGCUGUCCUUUAAUGCCGUCGAUUACUUUUGUUUCACCAACGUAUUCACAACCAUCAUGAUCCCGUACCACGUGGUGAUUGUUCCAAGCAAGAAGCUUGGUGGCUCCAUGUUCACCGCCAACCCCUGGGUGUGUGUUUCCGGGGAGCUGUCUGAGACUGGAGUCCUACAAGUGCCCAGAAACACUUUGGAGGUCACGUUUGAGUGUCAGAACCUGGGAAAACUCACAACUGUGCAGAUGGGUCACGAUAACUCAGGACUUUAUGCCAAGUGGCUUGUGGAGUGUGUUGUGGUCCGCAACGAGAUCACGGGGCACACCUACAAGUUUCCAUGUGGCCGCUGGCUGGGGAAAGGCGUGGAUGAUGGCAGCCUGGAGAGGAUACUGGUGGGAGAGCUGAUGACACCCACCACUGAAAAUGAUGAGAGGAUGUGCCGCACACCACCCAUGCAGCAGUCUCCAGGGAUGAUGAGGAGAUUUGUUACCAUCUCCCCAAGCAGCAAACCAAAGUUGAACACAGGCCAGAUCCAGGAGGGAGUGGGAGAGGCCAUCAACGGGAUUGUGAAGCACUUCCACAAACCAGAGAAGGAGAGAGGCAGUCUGACGCUGCUGCUGUGUGGAGAGUACGGUCUCGUCUGGGCUCUGGAGCAAGUUUUCCAGCACGGUUUUAAGUCCCCUCGACUCUUUAAGAACGUCUUCAUCUGGGACCUUUUGGAGAAGGCACAAGUAUACUUCGAAAGUGCUGAGCAGCGGGAGGCGACUCAAGAUGAGAACUGGCAAACCAGAGUGCGCCACUUCUGCCGCUUUAUGCGGGCCAUCAACAGCACGUCGAGAAACAUUGGCAAGGACGGGAAGUUCCAGAUGCUCAUCUGCCUGGGAGCAAGGGACCAUUUGCUGCAUCACUGGAUCGCUCUGCUCGCAGAUUGUCCAAUCACCUCCCAGAUGUACGAGGACACUGCACUGAUUAAGGACCGCUCACUGGUAAACUCUCUGAUCCGAGUCCUACAGACUCUGCAGGAGUUCAACAUCACCCUGGAGGCUUCGUUAGUCAAAGGUGUUGGCAUCUGAAACCAAACUAUGCUCUCCACCAGUCGUACCCAAACAGGAAUAUCACUGAGAGCCACUAAAAAAAAAAAGAAUAACUAAACCUUUUUUAUGCAGGAACAGACUUGAACAAAAGACUUUCUGGCCUCCUGAAGCUACUGUCACAUUUGCCAUAUGUUAAGUGCAAUGAGCCUUUUAAGAUUUGUUAUUUUUAUCCUCGAUGAUGAUGAUGCUGUUAGAUGUUGAAGAAUUAUGUUUUCUAUUAUGGACCAUGGUUUUCACAUUAUUGAGGAUGGCCUUGUGCUAUAAUGUUUUACUGAAAGCUCAAUAUUUUCAUUGUUGCCGUGACUCGAUGACAGCGGUUAUAUUUAAGGGAAAGCGAGGAUUAAAACUGUUAAUAUAUUUUCAGAUAAAAACAGUAUUAUUUUGCUAAAUCGGUGAAGUUGCUUGCUCUGUUGUCAAAUCUGAUUUUUAAAUAUAACACCAGAGUUUAAAGCAAAUGAUGUAGAAGUAUGCUUUAUAAGUAUGGCAGGGCGGCUCAUAGAGUGGUAGGCAUUUUAAGUUUGAGUCUUUCCCAGGCAAACGUACAUGUAUGUAUGCAAAUCUUUUACAUGGAAUACCUUCAGCCGAAGAAAAGGUCCCUCCUAGCAAGAUGAGACUGUGUUUGAAGAGCCUGCACCGAGUGACAAAAAGUAUGUUCAGCUGGAUUCAGGAAAAUAAAACCAAGUCUUGUGUUCCAGAGUGCUCCAAGAGACGCUUGACCCUGCUAUUUUUGCAAAGUGGGUCACAACUUCAGCCUUCAGUGUAAAUACCUCCCAGAAGCCCUUUCCUUUUACCAUCAUUGCAGCCCAUACACUACACAUACUCUGUUCUUUGAACUACAACGUGAUGACCUGAGUAGUUCAUGUGCUGACCUCCUGAUAACUCUGAAGAGCUCAAAGGACUGUUUUUUUCCCCACCUUCGAUCCUGAUUUGUUUUUUGUUUUUGUCGUCAUGGUUUCUGGCUAUGCAAUACUUCCACAGAAAAAAAAAACUGAGAUAUAUUACUGGGCUCUCCCCCAUUUACAUAGGAUUGAACUUUAUCUUGCUGAAUAAAAUAUUUGAUAUGUGACAGACUUCUUUUUGUGUGCCAACGGCGUCUGGAAUGACUGUUGUACUCAUCUGUGUAGGACCCACAUGAGCAUCUUGGGAGAUAUAUAUUUUUCUUUUCCAGUACAGUUGUACAUUUAUCGACAUACCUGUGUAAUGUAGUGUUUACUAAGUGAGCAACCGUGUACAGUGUAAAAAUAUUAAGAAUAAAGCAUCUGUAAAGCAUUA